GGAAUGCUGGUUAUUCUACCUCAUACAAAGACGGGGAAACUUGAAGCACAAAUUCUACAAUCAGAAUGCUACUUUCGAAUUACACCUGCCACGGGGACAUAACUUUUAGCCACGCGCAAUAAGAAAAAACUAUAUUCUCAUUAGAUAUACUCGUGUAAAUUGUGCAUUUAAAAAACGAUUGGUAGCCUAUGUAAAAGAUGUCUGAGACAUCUUCAGUCAACUCUGGGUCCAGCCAGCGACUCUUGCAGCUGUCUCUGAAGGGUGAAUGGAUUGCGCUCGAGCAAACAAUCAAAGGGUUGGACAAGGGAGACCCAGAACUAACCGUAAUCGAUGAGGAGUCUGGCUUGAGUCUCCUGAUGAUUGCAGUGAGGGAGAACCGCCUGUCUGCAGUAGACAGACUACUGGAGUUAGGAGGCAGCCCUAGUGAAAGGACAAAGGAUGGCAGGACUGCAUUGCAUGUAGCUGCAGCACACUCCAAGGAAGACAUUGUGAAGCUCCUGGCCAGAAAGGCAGAUCCUGACUCACUAGGAGGGCCCAAGGACCAGCUACCUCUCCACUUUGCUGCCUCCCGAGCCACCCCAUCCCUCGGUACCAUCCAGACACUGCUAAAAUUCUCCAGCAAAGAGGCCCGGCUCGUACCAGACAAGGAUGGCUGCAUUCCACUGCUCUUAGCCGUCGAAGCCGGGAAUGUUGGAAUCGUUAGGGAGCUCCUUGGAACUCUAUCUGAGCCUCAGCUUAGGGCUCAGAAAACAGGGAGUGGAGAUGCAGCUCUCCAUGUCUGCUGCCGAAAGACGGACCUGGAGAUAGCCAAAGUCCUCAUUGAGAAUGGGGCCAAUGUAGACAUCCAAAAUGAGGAAGGACAGACUCCUCUCCACAUAGCUGCCUGGGAGGGAGAUGUGCUGCUGCUGAAACUGUUCUACCAGAGCAAGGCCAACCCUAAUGUCACUGACAAGAUGGACAGGUCACCUCUGCACAUCGCUGCAGAGCGUGGCCACACCAACGUGGUGGAGGUCCUCACAGAGAAGUUCAAGUCCAACGUGCUGGCCAGAACUAAGGAUGGCAGCACCCUGAUGCAUGUGGCCUCCCAGUGUGGACACCCAGAGACCGCCCUCACCUUCCUGAAGAAAGGGGUCCCACUGCACAUGCCCAAUAAGUCAGGUGCAAUGUGUCUCCAUGCUGCAGCCAAGCAAGGUCACACAGCUGUAGUGAAGUCUCUUCUCCUGAAGGGGGCACACGUGGACAGCACCACUAAAGACGGCCUGACGGGCCUACACAUCGCUGUGCAGAACUGCAAGCCCCUCGUGGUGCAGAUGCUACUGGGCUUUGGGGCUCAGGUCCAACUCAAUGGAGGCAAGGCCCAGGAGACCCCGCUGCACAUCGCUGCCAGAGUGAAGGAGGGGGAAAAGGUGGCUGAGAUGCUGCUGAAGAGUGGGGCUGAUGUCAACGCAGAGCAGGAGAAUGGGGAGACGGCAAUGCAUGUUGCUGCUCGCCACGGUGGACUGCGUAUGAUGAGAGCCCUGAAAGAGGAGGGAGGAGACCUCACCUGGAGAUCUAAGGCUGGAGAGAACCCUCUCCAUGUCGCUGUGCGCCACUGUCAUGCCCAUGUGGUGGAGGACAUUCUCACCUAUCUGACCAGUGAGAGAAGCCGUGAGGAAGCCCAGUGCUGUGUGAGCCAGGGGAACAGGAAAGGGGAGACAUCGUUGCACUUGGCUGCUGAGCUGCAGAAGGAGAGUGUCCACAGAGAAGGAGAAGACGUACACAUUAUCAAGACUCUGAUGGAAUAUAAUGCAGACAUCACUGCAGCAACCAGAGAGUCCUGUGAGACUCCCUUUCACUACUGUGCCAGAGUGGGCAACACUGACGUCCUACAGGAGAUGCUCAACAGUGUUCCCUCCAGUCGCCUGCAGAUGGCAGUCAACAAGCACUCCAAGAAUGGCUGGUCCCCGUUGUUAUUGGCUUCUGAGAGAGGUCACACAGAGGUUGUUAGAAUCCUGCUUCAGAACCACGCCAGGGUGGACGUCUUUGAUGAGGACGGCAAGGCAGCUCUCCACUUGGCAGCAGAGCGGGGCCACGAGGACAUUGCUGACAUUCUGCUGUCCCAUAAGGCCUUUGUGAACGCCAAGACCAAGCUGGGCCUCACUCCACUACACCUGGGGGCCCAGAACGGCUCUGCCAGCCUGGUCAGACAACUGGUGGAGACACACCUGGCCAGCAUCGACGCUCUCUCUCUGACUAAGCAGACUCCUCUCCACCUCGCUGCCAUCAGUGGACAGCUGGAUGUGUGCAGCAGCCUGCUGCAUCUCAGAGCAGACAUCACUGCCACAGACAUACACGGCCAGACGCCCCUCCACCUGGCUGCAGAGAACGACCAUUCUGAGGUGGUCAAGCUGUUCCUGAAGCACCGUCCAGAGCUGGCCACCCUGGCCAACGUGGAGGGGGCCACCUGCACCCAUAUCGCUGCGGCCAAGGGCAGCCUGGCCGUCAUCAGGGAGCUGCUCAAGUUCAAACAGGGGGGAGUGACCACGCUGAGUAACAAGACCAAUGGCUCCUGUCCUCUGCACCUGGCGUCUGCUGGGGGACACACCGAGGUGGUGAAGGUCCUCCUGGAGGCUGGGGCGUCUGUAGCUGAAGAGGACGCAGAAGGGAUGACAGCCAUUCACUUGGCAGCCAAGAACGGUCACACACACAUCAUGGACGUGCUGAAGGGAAGCAUCUCCUUUAAGAUCACCAGCUCCAAGACAGGGUUGACUGCGUUGCAUGUAGCAGCCCGUUUUGGUCAGGUGGACUUUGUCUCAGAGAUCCUUACCAAGGUGCCGGCCACCAUGCGCAGUGACAUCCCAAACAGUAACAGUAGGGAGGGAAUACCAGUGCAGCAGCCCCCUUCAGAGUCAGGAUACACUCCCCUGCACCUGGCUGCCCAGUCUGGCCAUGAGAGUGUGGUGAGAUUGCUGCUCAACUCCCCUGGUGUACAGGCAGACAAAGUGACAGACAUACAGGGCUCCACCCCCCUUCACCUGGCAGCCCAGAGUGGUCACAUGUCUGUGGUGGGGCUGCUGCUGAGCCGCUCCAGCUCUCUGCUGCACCUGAGGGACAAGCAGGGCCGCACCUGUCUGCACCUGGCCUCCGCCAGCGGCCACGUGGCCAUGGUCAGAGUGCUGCUGGGCCAGGGGGCCGAGAUCAACCACACCGAAGAGAGUGGCUGGACCCCGCUCCACUAUGCAGCCAAAGCAGGCUGUCUGGACAUGGUGCGGUUCCUGGUGGAGAGUGGGGCGUCGGCCAGUGUAGAGUGCCAGGGGGGACGAACACCACUGCAGUACGCUGCCGGAGAUAACCACCAGGGGACGGUUAGCUUCCUGCUACGACGACAAGAGAACAACAUACUGAGACUGCUGGAGGACAGGAAGUUUGUGUUUGACCUGAUGGUGUGUGGGAAGCUGAACUCCAACACUACUCUGGAGGAGCUAGUUCUUCACUCCGCUGCUCCCUUGGACACGGCCGUGCGUCUGUCCCGAGCCCUGGGCCUGGCCGCCCUUAGGGAGAAGGAGCGCUACGUGGACCUCCAGGCGGCAGCCCACCACUGUGAAAGCCUGGCCUCCGACCUGCUCAGCAUGGCCUCGACCGGGGGGAGGGGAGCCGGCGCCGUACUCAGGGCGGUGGACCAUAGAGGGGCCAGCGUGCUGGACUGCCUGAUCGAGGGGAGGCAGAAGGGAGUGGUGGCCCACCCGGCUGUCCAGAAGUACAUGACGGAGGUGUGGUAUGGCAGUCUGCAGUGGGACUCCUGGAGGAUCCUGCUGCUGUUUUUUGGCCUGCUGCUCUGCCCUCCACUGUGGCUGUUCCUCUCACUGCCUCUCAAACACAGGUUCAACACCAUCCCCAUCGUGAAGUUCAUGAGCUACCUGGUGUCCCACGUCUUUCUCCUGGCCCUCUUCAUCCUCACCAUCGCCUACCCCCCGCUGAAUCCCAUCCACCUGGGUCACCUGCUGCCUGGAUGGAGUGAGUGGCUGCUGCUGGCCUGGCUGGGGGGCAUGCUGGUGUCUGAGCUCACCCAGCCAGGGGAGCGCCACGGCCUAGCCUGGAUCCGAGUGCUUGUCCUGGGCUUCUCCGCCGCUGCCUUGCUCUGCCAUCUCCUGGCCCUGGUUCUCCAGCUCUGGCCCCCCUCCCAUCUCCACUGCCUUUUCACCCGGAACGUCCUACUAGCCGUGGCCAUGACUCUAGGCUUCAUCCAGCUGCUGGAGUUCCUGACCUUCCACCACCUGUUCGGCCCCUGGGCCAUCAUCAUCAGUGACCUGAUGAAGGAUCUGGGAAGGUUUGCCGUCAUCCUGGCGCUCUUCCACACCGCCUUCACCAUGAGCUUGUGUGCCGUCUACAAUGCCACCUUUGUGAAGCCGGAGACAGCAGGCCACACCCCUCGGGAGGUGUCGGUCCUGCUCUUCUUUGCCCUUUUCGGCCUGACGGAGCCUAAAGAAAUGCCUACGUUAGUGGGCUCGCCCCCAGCUGCCGGCGUGGUCGCCCAACUGGCGUUUGGCAUCUACCUGGUGGUGACGGUGAUCGUGCUGAUCAACCUGCUCAUUGCCAUGAUGAGUGACACCUACCAGCGCAUUCAGGCCCGCUCGGACACUGAGUGGAAGUUUGGCCGGGCCGUGCUCAUACGGGACAUGAGUAGGAAGUCGGGCACGCCGUCUCCAUUCAACCUCUUCACCAACCUCUUCUUCUUCGCCAAGGUGCUUUGCAAACAUGGAGGUAAGAUCUGCUCUACAGAGGGCCGGGACCUGAUGACUGAAGAGGAGGAUGCAGAGGGUCUGCCUGGGCCUGACCCCCGCUCUCUGGACAUACCAGCUCACACCUCCCUGGGCUGGAUGAGGACCAACAAAAGGACACAGAUUCUACCUGAGGAUGGCCAGGCCCAGCCCCUCCCCUCCAGCUCCAGGCUGGCUGGCCAGGUGCGCGUGGAGCAAGUGACAGACUGGGCUGUGGUAGUCCAACGCUACCUGGCGCUGAGAGGACAGGGGGACAGAGCCAUGCAGGAGAGGGACCCUGGUACUGGCCCUGCCCAGCACCCUGACUGAUCCAGUCCAUCCAGAACCAGGACUCAGUAUCUCUGACUAACUCACCCACACUUGACUUAUUAGGCUGCAUCCCAAUUCUCCACCAUUCUCCCACAGUGUGCACUUAGACUUUCUGAGCUUUACCCAGCAGUAUCCUUAGGACCUUAGCCAAGCCUUGUCGGGACCCAGCAUCUUUAGGAGCCUGCACACAGCUUAGCCCGACUCCCAGGACCCCAGCCUUGACAUUAACAUGAGCCUUGAAUACUUACUGGACAGUAUGACUCCAGCCCUGCCUUACCAAUGGCCCAAUUCUGCCAUGGCCUACAACAUCACAGCAACAACCUGUGAAACAGAACUACUAGCACCAAACACACUGCCUUUAUUAUCAGCUGUCCGUGUAUACAUUACUCUCACUCACAAUUGACCUGAUUGUCCACAAUGGUAAAUAACUUGUGAUCCAGUGCCCAGGGCCCAAUUUUUCAAAAGCUAUCUGAUUAAAUGCAAAGAAAUAGAAUAAAAAGAAAGGGCAUAUAAUUUAGUUAAAUGGGGACGCCUGUUCUAUUCGUUCCAUUUCUAUGCAUUUAAUCCUCUCCGAUUGCAGAAAUCCGAUCAGAUAACUUUUGAAAAACUUGUCCCAGGCUAUGGUUUAUAGCGUGUAGCUUCUAAUAUUGUCCAGUAGAGGUCAGUAUUAGACAACUUUCUGUCAGGGUUGUUUGAUGAGCCUUGUGAGAGAUGUAUGAGCCUGUAAAAACAUGCGAGAGAGAAGAGUUGAUUUAUUAGGGAAAGAGGAUACCUAGUCAGUUGCACAACAGAAUGCAUUCAACCAAAAUGUGUGUAACACAUUUAACCCAACCCCUCUGAAUCAGAGAGGUGCAGGGGGCUGUCUUAAUCCAGUUCAAUGGCACCGGGGAGCAGUUGUUGGGGGUUAAUGCCUUGCUCAAGGGCAGGACAGCAGAUUUUUCCACCUUGCCGCUCAGGAAUUCAAACAAGCCACCUUUCGGUUACUGGCCCAACACGCUUAACUGCUAGGCUACCUGCCGGACCACUAUUAUAGUGUAGUAUUGUACUAUCAUCAUUACUUUCAUGCGACAGUGCCUUGAUUAUGCGUGACGUAGCAUUUCAUUAUUUUUUCUUUUCUAGGGACAGUAUUGAGAAAAAAUGUGUUCUUUGACAAAUGAACCUGGUGUUACUGAAACACCUGUUAUUUUUUUAACUCAAUGGCAGUAGAUAAGUGUCUACGUCAGCUCUGCCAAACAGGACACUUACCUGGAGUCUACAUGUCCACAUAAACCUCCUAUUUUACAAUAUACAUUAUAUCAUGCUUCCUUCUACAGUUAAAUAUGUUUUUAUAAAAUUGUUAUGAAUAGUGUUUAUUGUAGUGACGUGUUUAGAGAAAAGUAUAAUUGUAUUAUCAUGAUAUAACAUGAGUUACUCAGUAAUUCCAUUACUUAAUGAAAAUGGUCAAACCUGUGAAAGCAAUAGGAGGUCAAACUGGUCUGCUUUCUCUGCCACAUCAUUUACUUUAUUAUGGGUCACUCCUUCUCCCCCCUCUCUCUUUCUCUCUCUCCCCUCCCUUCCCUCUUCUAUCUUGACAUUAUGGCUAAGAGCUAGGAAACAGGCCUGUAAACGUAGUACCUUCCACUCUCUUUAUCAUUGAACUAAACUAAACGCUGCAGCCAACUGUGCUUCUUCCAUUAAUUACGCCAGAGAUAUGGGGGGAAACCCUUCGCUCUUCUCAUUCUAUAAGAUUAACCUCGAGGAUGUUGUUUUUACCUGGUCAGACCAGGAUGAGUACAGUGUGCCCGGGGAGUGAGAUUGAUGUGUUUGAAGCAUAUAACAUAUAAGAAUUCACAAUGAAUAGGACUCAGCUUAACGUAACUCUAAACAGAGAAUGAAAAUAGGAGGUAAAUAACUCAGGGUGCAUUUUAAAUGGCACCCUAUUCCCCAUAUUUAUUCACUGCUUUUGACCAGAGCCCAUGAGGUCAUAGGGCUCUGGUCAAAAGUAGUGUGCUAUAUAGGGAAUAGGGUGCCAUUUGGGACUCAAGCCCAAGUUUCUCAUCUUUCUCACCUCUUUGAGUGCCUUGCAGUAAUCACUGACUCUAAAAUGUCCAGACUUGUUGAGCCAACUUCUAUGGUUCAUAGAAACCUUUAAAAACAUCUGUAACCCCUCAUUCUAUUGUAUUGUUAUGUUUUAUACAACCUAAACUUCAAUAAAGUUUUAAGUCUGUAA